AUGCGGAGCGGCGGGUGCGCGGUGCAGCAGGAGCUGGCGCCCGACGCGGCGGCCGUGAUGCGGCAGGCGGUGAGCCUGGCCCGGCGCCGGGGCCACGCCCAGGUCACGCCGCUCCACGCCGCCAGCGCCAUGCUCGCGGACGCCGGGGGCCUCCUCCGCGCCGCCUGCCUCCGGUCGCGGGCGAGCUCCCACCCGCUCCAGUGCAAGGCGCUCGAGCUCUGCUUCAACGUCGCGCUCAACCGCCUCGCCACGGCGGGGCCCCCGGCGCCGGCCAUGUUCCAGCAGUUCCACGCCCACCACGCGGCUGGAGGGCACCGCGCGCCCACGCUGUCCAACGCGCUCGCCGCCGCGUUCAAGCGCGCGCAGGCGAACCAGCGCCGGGGCGCCGGCUCUACCUCCGCGGAUGUCGCCGCCAGGGUCGAGCUCGAGCAGCUCGUCAUCUCCAUCCUCGACGACCCCGGCGUCAGCCGCGUCAUGCGCGAGGCAGGCUUCUCCAGCGCCGAGGUUAAGGCCAACGUCGAGAAGGCGGCCUCGUCGCCGGAGCAGCAGUCGUCCAACACGGCGAGCAGCACCACCAGCGCCGCCUCCCCGAAUACUAAACCCAGCAGGGAGUCCAAUAAAGCCAAGGCCGACGCCGCCGGCGACGCCGCGCGCGUGCUGGACUGCAUGGCGAGCUGGAGGAGCCGGUGCGUGGCGGUCGUCGGCGAGAGCGCGGGGGCCGCGGAGGGAGUUGUGAAGGCGGUGAUGGACAAGGUGAGCAAGGGGGACCUGCAGCUCCAGCACGAGUGCCUCAAGAAUGCCCAGCUCGUGCCCUUCUCGGCCGCGUCCUUCCAGCGCUUGCCGAGGGAGGAGGUGGACGCCAGGGCCGGCGACCUGCGCGCGAUCAUUCGCGAGGCCCGCGCCGCCGGGAAAGGCGUGGUGCUCGUGCUCGAGGACCUCGCCUGCGCAGCCGAGGCCUGGGCCGCCGCCUCGUGGAAGAGAAGUGGGCAUGCCCGCUAUUACUACUGCCCCGUCGAGCACGCGGUCAUGGAACUGAGCAACCUGGUGCGCGGCGGCGGAGGCCGCGGCCACGACAUGUUCUGGCUGCUGGGCUUCUCAGCCUACGCGUCCUACACGAGCUGCAGGUCGGGGCAGCCCUCGCUUGAGGCCGUCUUGGAGCUACACCCCAUCCUCGUGCCGGACGGCAGCCUCGCCGGCGACAGUGAGAUCACACACUGCGGCGCCGCCGAUAUGGCCAUGGCGACGGCGGCGAGCGUCCCCUCGUGGAUUCGCCGCUGCCAGCAACAAGGUCCAGUUCCCACCGGAUCGGAGCUCACACUGAGCUUCUCCUCUCCGGCCUCUUCCUCCCUCAGCGGCUUUGCCCAUCACGACGCCAACAUGAGCUGUGAGCCACGGCAUGAUCUCAUCGACCGCCGGCGGCAACCCUUGCACUUGCAGAACCACGGGCACCACGGUCCAACAAUGGCUGACUCAUGCGAUCAGCAGUUGAUCGCGAGCCCUAAUCCAGGAUCGUCUAACUCGGUGUCCAAAUCCAACUCAUCGGACGGCGCCACGGAACCUGCAGCUCGCCGCCGCCGGAAGUUCACCGAGCUCACCGCGGAGAACCUCAAGAUUCUGUGCGGCGCACUCGAGGCGCGCGUCCCGCGCCACAGAGAUAUAGCUCCGGGCAUCGCCAGCGCCGUGCUCCAGCGCCGCUCCGGCGUGACAAGGAUGACGCGGCCGAGCUCAGCAACAACGUGGCUGCUCUUCAAAGGGAGGGACAGCGACGGCAAGACGGCGAUGGCCCGGGAGCUCGCCAGGCUUGUGUUUGGCUCAUACGCCGAGUUCACCUGCAUCACCGCACCAGAGCUAACCUUGGCUCCCUCCGGUUCCAACUCCGGCGACAGCCUCAAGAGGCAGAGGUCGCCGGACGACGAGCACGGCUACAUGCAGAGGUUGUACGAGACGAUCCGCGAUAACCCUCACCGUGUCGUGAUGAUCGACGGCGCCGAGCACGACUCAGAAGACGGUAUCAAGAACGCCAUGGCGACCGGAACUGUGAGGGGAUGCGAUGGUGACGCGGUCAGCUUGGAGGACGCCAUCGUAGUGAGCUGUGACGAAGUGUUUGAGUCGAGUUCUAGGGUUUCCUCCCGUCGGCUGGUCAAGCAGCAACGUGUCAUGAGUGACGUCGUCGUCGACAGCAAGGUGGAAGAGGAUGGCACAGAGAAAGGAGACGUGCCACGUUUCGGCCUGGAUUUGAACGCCUGCGCCGCCGCCAUGGACGGAGAAGGGGAGGAAAGGAGUCCUCCGCCUAAUGACAUGGAGAUCCUUAAAGCUGUGGAUGGCGUUUUCUUCUUCCAAUGUUAACUGAGAAAUAGUGUGUGAUUAGCUAUGCUUCAAUUGAUGACAAUUUUACA